GGGAAGGGGAAGGGAAAGCUCUAAAGUGCAAAAAAACGAUAAAAUGCUCGUUUUCCGCCGUUUAUUAUUCGUUUCGAAAUGAUUAGCAUUUGUUUUACUUAUUUUUACUUCUUUUCUUAAUUGAUGAAUUAUAGUGUACGUUUUUCAACUAUCCGGUUAAAUACUUAUUUACAGUUAUAAUCACGAUGUGUUCAAUUUGAGUAACCCGUAUCUCGAUCCGGUGUUUCCAUAACCGCUCUUCAUUAUCAUCUCGUUGAAUCGUGCAUUAGCCGGCGUAAGAUUGCAACUGUAUAAUAUAAUACUCUACUCAAAAUGGCUGUUCCCCCAGAAAUUUGGAUGAAUGGGAAGUUCAAAUCGAUCAUUAGCUCACCGGAGAAUAGUUUCAUAGCCAAUUCAACUCGAUAUUCGUGCAAGACUAGUUUAAAUAUCGAAAUUGAAGAAACGUUCAGUGUGCCUUACCAUUCUAAAACCAUGGAUAAUAUCAUCUCGGAAACGAGAACUAGCGAGUAUGGAAGAUGUUCAUCCAAAGCGACGUCGGGUUACGACUCUCAGACCAGUGUGGAAUCGCUUUGUCGUCAGUUUUUGGAAAUCGUCGAAGUUUAUAACUCUCGCGAACAAGUGUUCGAUAUGAUGAGUACUUUUUUCAACACUUGUUCAGAUUUCGCUCAAUGUUCGGCAAAUUUACGCUCGCAGGAUAAAAUAUGGCUAGAAAAUGAGAAAAACACUUGGAGGCUGAUGUACGCUUUGUACGAAAACCGUUUACAUUAUGUGAACGAAGAUUUAUGCGUGAACCUUGAUAAUGAUCUCGAUAUUAUGAAAAAUCUUUUUCAAAACAACGAUUCUAUGAGAGAGUGUCAAUUGGUGGUGGAUUGGUUGGAAGAAUGCGCCGCUGUACGUACUGAUCGGAAUGGACAACCGAAAAUGUCUCACUUUACAGACAAAACCGUUGUUUGGGAGAAUACUUUACAACAGUUACAAAUAAGAAAUGUAGCGUACUCCAGUCAACGUGCUCUUGUCACCGCUAUGGACCCUGACGCUCCGCAGAGGCAAAAGAAACAAAUACACGAUUUAGACGAGGAAGACGAGACCCGUUUAUUGGAACAAAUAUUUUUGGAAAUUCGUUGCGGUAGACUAAAUAAAGCCGUGGAAAUCUGCUGUCUAUGUGGACACAAGUGGCGCGCAGCUAUUCUGCAAGGUUGGAUGUUAUUCAACGAUCCCAAUUUUAAAAGUUCGGACGGAGCGUUAAUUUCAGCUUUCGGAAAUCCUCACAGAGAUAUUUGGCGCGUGUGCGCGUGGCGUUUAAUCCAAAAUUCGCAAUGUUCUAAUAUCUGGAAAGCGAUUCUAGGAAUAUUUUGCGGUAAUUUAUCGGUGUUAGUACCGCAUUGUAAAGAUUGGGAAGAUCUGUUGUGGGCUUACAUGAAAGUGUACAUAGACGUUAAAGUUGAACAAGAAAUUCGUGCCGCGAACACCAAACCUCGGGCCGAGUAUCCGGAUCAGUAUUGGGAUUUUAAGUUCAGUGUGAACGAGAUAUUCGAAGAAUUAGCCGGAUUCAACGACAACGAUAUCAGAGUAGAAGCUUGUACGCCGGAACGAAUCGUGCAGCGUCUAAUUAUCACCGAUCGCAUUCCAGAUUUGAUAUCGGCGAUGUCUGAUUGGUGUUGUCAGGAGAAUCCUAAUCCGCAUUUAAUAAGAAUGGCCGCUCACGUCGUAAUUUGUUUGCGAUUAGUAGGCGUGCAUAGUGAUACCAGGAAAUCAGACGUUAUUCUACGUUCGUACGUGAAGAUUUUAAUGAAAAUCGGAGAUGCGAAAUUAGUAGCUUAUUAUACGGCUAUGCUGAACGAAGAAGAUCAGAUAGUUUACUACUCGGAAUUCUUACAAAGUAUAACUGACGAAAGCGAACGCAUAAAAUGUUUAGAAGCGGCCGAAAUGUGUAAUUUGCAAAUAGAAGCCAUUACUAAAUACGUUGUUCAAGUCAUAAGAAACAAGGCAAACGAAGAGAGCAAAUCGCUUGAUUUAGCUACCGGAAUAACCAAAGAAGAUCAAGAGAAAAUAUCGGCUUUAGAUUUAAUCAUGCAUUAUUCGCAGCAAAGACACGAAGCUAUAUGGGAAACGAACGCGCUAGUCCGGUAUUUCCUUAGUCAACGAAACAUACAAGCGGCUAAUUACGCUUUCUGCAAAAUCCCGGAAGAUUCGAUAAAUAUGAUAUUAGAACAACUGGAAAUAGAUAAAGAAACGUUGCACACGAAUCCGGAAAGCGUUCCUAGUAAAAUAUACGCCAGUAUCAGAGAAUAUUUUUCGUACAAGGUUUAUCUGAAUGCCGAAAUGAGAUUCGCCGAUUGGUUUCAUACGUUCCAUAAAUUGGAACCAUCGCGUCCUCAAAAACCGUCCGACGAUGCUCAGUUUACUCAAAAAGUCGCCUACGAACAUCAUCUUACGCAGUAUAACAAUGACUAUCAAAGAUGGACCAGUUCUGUAGACGAACAGACUAAGAUUGUGAAAUCGCAUUUAUACAACGUUUUAUUGUUCCCUGAUGGCGGAUGGCUCGUUGAAAACCGAUAUUUCGAAGACUCGUCGCGAAUUGCGCAAAUGAAUGCGCUUCGUAAAUUGUGUAUACCGAAGAUUGUAAUUUUACUGCAUACUGUACUUCACUCGAUACAGUUAUACGACGAAUGUUUAAAGUUGGCUGAAAUAAUAACUUCCGAAGAAAACGAAAUUUAUAAAGCGUAUUCUAAACAAGAUCUCGGCGAAAUUUUAAAGAAGAUUUGCGAUUCCUCCGUAUGUCUUCUAAAUAAUGGAAAAGAUCCUUGGAGUUUACCGGUGUCAUCGUGAAAACCAUCGUGUUAUGACGAUUCGUUAGAAAAUUACGAUGGUUCAGCUGUUCGUUUACCGUUUGCGAAUUCACAUGUAUUUAAUUAAGAAUCUUUUUUUUUUAUUUCGUCUUCUUUUAGCAUUUGUAUUUUUAUUUUUUUGAAAUUGAAAAUUUUUUCUCAAUGUA